AUGGAAGAAGAAAAACCCAGUCUUCCAUUGGUGUUUAAAGAAAAGAUUGAACAAAUGAAAGGUGUUGACGUGAAGUUGGUGAUCCAGAAAAAAUUGACCAUGAGUGACGUGAACGGAGACGACGGCCGCUUAUCUAUUCCAAUAGAUAAGAAGAUCGAAGAGAGUAUUAUUUUGACGCCAACGGAGAGUUUGUCUUUGAAUAUUUAUGUGCCUCAAAAGAAAAAAGAGAGACUUGUUGGUAUAUCUGUAUCUAUGUUGGACCAUAAUCUUAAAAUUUGGGAUGACAUGUACCUUAAGAAGUGGAAAAUUGGGAAAUCCAAGGUCUACAAUAUUACGGGUGGAUGGUACAAACUUGUAGUAGAAAUCACUUGGAAGAAUCUCGGAAGAUACAACUUUGGUCUUUUAGAUGCAACGGUCAUCUCAAUUUUGCACUAG